AUGUCAACUGAUCAUAAUUUGACCAAACAUCAAUCUUUUCAAGAUCACAUUUUACUAUUCGGUUCGACAGGAUUGAUUGGUUCCUUGACACUUGAAGAAUUACUCAAAGUCGAACUUUAUUUGGAUGCUGGUAACGAUUUACAAUCAAAAUUAGAAUUGUAUGAAAAUUCUGACAUUAAUCAUUUCACUUUAAACAAAUUCUUUUACUGUGUUAACCGAAAGCUGAACAAUGAAAAACGUUCUCCUGGUAACGAAUAUUUGAUGGAAAGAUGUAAGGCGACGCCAUUAGUGUUCAGAGGCCAAGACUAUUAUUUACAUAAUAAUACAAGUGCCACACCACCAGCUUCACAAUCCUCCAACCCAUCAUUGGGGAAUAACGUUUUUGAAGAAGAUGGUACAAUUCAGUUAACAAAAACUGUAGACAAUCGAAGCGUCACCUUACGUUUCAGACAAACCAGAAAAAGUUAUCAGCUUGAGUAUAUCUCAAAAGAUCUUAAAAAUCUAUUAAUCACAUUCCAUUUUACAAUAGUUCAAUUAGUUUUUGAAGAUUCUACUCGAUGGGCGGAUUUACUACCCAGCAUAUUUUCAGGAGAAGUAGAGUUGGUUCCUGAAGAAUCGAAUCAUACGUCACCUAGAUUACCUCAUCUAGACCAAGUAAAAACGAUGAUAUGCACCUUAGGACCAAAUUCAUCUAGUACCAAACAUAGCCAUUACGAUCGAUAUUUUGUUGAGUACCAAUUAACUUUUCAAAUCGUACAGAAUUUUGCUAGCUGUGAAGAUAAAAGACUAGUAAUAAUGACUUCUUUUAAUAAUUCAUUAGUAAGUCACAUAUUCCCCUACUUCAAAGCAAAAUAUCAGCUAGAAAACGAUUUGCAAAACAAAGUAGCACCCGCCUUGGCCCAGCUUGUGGUCUUACGACCAGGUCCAAUUGUGGGUAACCAUGUUAAUCUUAACGAUAGAGAUCUAAGACUUCGUUAUUCCCCAAGUCUCUGCGAACAAUUGAAACAUUAUAAGGAAUGGUGCUGGGAAUACAAAAAAUCUUUUGUCAAAGAAAUACGUAAGAUUGGAUUUAAGACGAAGGCAUCUGAAUUGGUUGCAAAAGCCAUGUAUCGAAAACCAGGAUCAUCAGUUCUAGGAUAUUGUGUACCUGCCUCCAAGGCCGCAUAUGCUACCGCUUACAUGGCCACGAAUCCAACUCUGGGUGAGUUGAGAAUAGUCACCAGCAAAGAAAUAGACCAUUUAACGUAA